GACAUUUGAAUAUGUUCGGCGUGAAGUCCAAAAUGUCCCCACUCACAUACCUGUGCUUGUCUUGGCCAAUCAUCGUGACAUGGGCCAUCAUCGAGUUGUAACUGAGGAUGAUGUACGUUUCUUCAUUGAAUCCUUAGAGAGACCUGAAGGAGCGGCCGAUAUUCGUUAUGCAGAAUCCUCCAUGAGAAAUGGCUUUGGACUUAAGCUGCUCCACAAGUUUUUCAAUCUUCCAUUUCUGCAGCUACAGAGAGUAACACUACUGCGACAGUUAGAAACAAAUACAUCAGAAAUUGAAGCUACGAUUCAGGAGCUUGAGGUUUAUCAGGAGAGUGAUGAUGCUAAUUAUGACAUUUUUCUAAAUCAACUAACUGAUCGUCGUCGGGCUGUUGCAGAGGCCAUGGCCCCUGCAGCUCAAGUUUCAGCGCCAACAAACACAACUCCCAUACCUCAGUCACAGUCUGUUAAUAACAUGUCAGCCACAGCUAAUUUCAGUGCUACAGUUAAUGGCUCUGCCACUUUAGGAGUAUCUAAAUCCACUUCAGUUCCUGUUAGUUUAGCAUCAGCAGCUUCCAGUACCCAAUCAAGUCCCUGCCCCACUGCCAGACCUACAAAUGUAAUUUCAAAUUCACAAGUAGUUAAGCCAUCUCAGGGUGUGAAUUCCUCUGUAGGUGCAAGUGUAAAUACAAGCAGCAGUAGCAACAACAGCUCUAGCAACAGUCCUUCGAUGGCUUCUCGACAGCAGCAAACAUCUGCCAAUCAGAGUCCUGAGAAAACACAAGAAAAAUCUAGCUUCAUGUCGCGCAUCUUUAGCAAGAGCAAAGAUGCUGAAGUGAAGGAUACUCCUGCAGGUAAUAGUUUGUAAUUCAGAUGUUAAAUG